AGUGAGGCAGAAGAGGACUGUGCACGUAGAAGAAAGACUGUGGUCCAGCACCUGCCCUUUGGUUCCCACACACAUGUUUAUACUUGGGUCCCUCCCAGCAGUCGCAGCAGUGAGAGGAGCAGCAGCAGCAUCAGGACACAGUGUAGCUCGUGAAUGUUAGGGGUUGAGAUAGAGAGAGAGCGUGAGGUGGGGGAGGGCAGCAGUAGCCGGUGAUGGGAGGAUAAGCAGUGUCCCUGCGGCUGACUGAUAUGCGCUGGUGCCUCUGCCGGCUGCUACUGCUCCGUUUAUUCUAAGGCCAGAAUGAAGUUCCCUGGCUCAGUCCUAGUAUCUGCCGCCUUGUUUGUGGCAGAGACAGUGACAGCCCUGUUUUUGAGCAGCACAUACAGCUCAGCCGGGGAUAGGAUUUGGCAGGAGCUGACCCUCUUCUACUGCCUCCUGCCGUGUGUGCUGGUGCAGAUGAGCCUCCUCUUUAUCCACCGGGACUUUGACAGGGACCGACCGUUGGUGCUGCUGUUGCACCUCCUGCAACUGGGACCCCUAGUCAGGUGUGUUGAAGUAUUCUACAUCUAUUUUAAAGCUGGCAAAGUUGAAGAGCCCUAUGUCAGCAUCACAAAAAAAAAGCAGAUGCCCAAGGAAGGCUGUUCGGUUGAAGUGGAGAAGGAAGUGGGUCAAGCUGAAGGAAAACUGUUCACACACAGAGCUGCAUUGAGCCGGGCCUCAGUCAUUCAAGCUUUCCUUGGAUCAGCACCUCAGCUGACACUUCAACUCUACAUCAGCGUACUGGAGCAGGAAAUCACAGUACCUCGAUGUAUAUUUAUGACAAUAUGUCUGCUAUCUAUAGUCUACGGAGCCAUGAGGUGCAACAUAUUGGCCAUUAAAAUCAAGUAUGAUGACUACGAUAUAAGAGUGAAACCUGUAGCCUAUCUCUGCAUAUUUCUGUGGAGAAGUUUUGAGAUUGCCACCAGAGUCAUUGUACUUGUACUCUUCAGCUCAGUUCUAAAAAUCUGGACUCUCCCCGUGGUGCUGCUGAAUUUCCUGUUUUUCUUUUUCUAUCCAUGGAUCCUUUUUUGGCAGAGUAAAUCUCCCUUUCCUGAAAACAUAGAGAAGGCCUUAUCAAGAGUUGGCACAGCCAUCGUUCUCUGCUUUCUCACCUUUCUCUACGCAGGAAUUAACAUGUUCUGUUGGUCUGCUGUCCAGCUCAAAAUUAACGACCCAGACUUAAUCAACAAGUCACAAAACUGGUACCGCAUGGCAGUAUAUUACAUUCUGAGGUUAAUUGAAAAUGCCUGCCUUCUUCUUCUUUGGUACAUUUUUAAAACUGAUAUAUAUGUGUAUGUUUGUGCCCCAUUGUUGGUCCUGCAGUUGCUAAUUGGCUAUUGCAUUGGAGUGCUAUUCAUGCUUAUAUUCUAUCAGUUUUUUCAUCCAUGCAAGAAGAUUUUUACAUCAAGUGUCUCUGAUGGUUUGUUGUCUUGCUUCAAGUUCCUGUGUUAUCUAUGCAUACCUUCUCAAUCUCCAACAAAGAUGGAUAAAUGUAGUGCCAAACUUUCAGAAAGCUCAGAAAACACCGAAAUACCAACCAGUAAAGCUACUGACUCUCACGAUGGAAAUGUAUAACAAAGAGAGCCUUGCAGCUAUGAUCAAAUCCUUCAUGUAAAGCCAAAAUGACUUUUUCCAUGGGUAUCUGGAAUAAGUACAUUAAAGAACUUUGUACUCUCUACAUGCAGUAUACAUUGCUGCUAAUGUGAUGGGUUCCUUAUUGGGUGGCUCGUACCCAUGUAGAAAAUGGCUUUGCCAUCUUCAUUGGGAUCUUAGAAGUAUAUAGCUGGUUUUCAGAGAGUGAAGAAGAUAUGCUGCAGAAAACACUGAGAUUGAUAAAAUGCAAGGUUUUUGCAAUCAAUCAAUAAAACAAUCAAUAUAUAUAUAUAUAUAUAUAUAUAUAUAUAUAUAUAUAUAUAUAUA